GCCAAGUCAGUCGCAUCAAAACCUCCGCGGAAUCACGUUUGUUCUUCGCGAGUUUACUUAAAAAAACUAUAUAAAACCUCCUUGGUAAUAAACAAGUGACAUAAUCUGUGCCGUGUUGACCGUUUCGUAUUUGACAGCUCUUUUUUUUUAAUACAGCUUUAGUGCAUGCAAAGGCGUAACUUUUUGCGGUUGACAGAAUUAAUAGAACACUCACGAGUAUCAAUGCAAGAAAUCGAAAAUCAAAAUACAAGCUUUUUGGCAACAAUUUUGAAAAAUUUCAAAGACGUUUUUUAUUUAUAUCUGAAGUUAGUGUUUUAUGCUAUAGUCAUAUAUACCGUAUUCUUUUAUUACGAUUAUUAUUUGGGCUAGUGUUCUAAGUGCAUAUAGUGUUUUUUAGUGUUCUAGAGACAACUAUGUGAAGUAACUGUGUGAACUAAGUGAAAUAAAUGUACUGACUUUUGGAUAUUUACGUGAUCCUAUUUUGAAAAUAUCAACUGUGAUACUGGAAAGGAGAAUUGGUUACACAAUGAAGCGAUCUCGGCACAGAUGGCUGGGGAUCGGAUUAUUUUGUGUAGCCCUAGCUAUCCUGACCGCAGACGUGCCGACCACGUCGGCUGCGCGAGCCACGGCGCUUAUCUUCGCGAAGACCACCACGACCACCUCCACGGCAGCUCCUGAGGAGGAGGAACCCACAGCAUCGGAUGAUGAGGCACAGGUGGAUUCCACAGGAGAAGACGCUGAAAAUUCGACUAUAAAAUUAACAGGAAUACCCCAAAUUGACUACAUCUACGACCCCAACUUGCCCCGCGAGUUGAACGGGUACAACCUCUCGGAGUAUCCCUUCUACGAGAUCGCACCACCGCCGGAGACCAUGGACUUCAAAUGUGAUGGGUUACAUGAUGGGUUCUACGCUUCAGUGCCUCAUAAGUGUCAGGUAUACCACCACUGUCUGUUCGGCACGAGGUACGACUUCUUGUGCGCCAACUACACGGCCUUCGAUCAGAAGACUUUCAUCUGCCACUUCGUGUCUGAGGUCGACUGCAAGAACUCGCCCAAAUAUUUUCACAGGAACGAGGCACUAUACAAAUCCGCGUCGACCGAAGCGCCCUCAACCACCACGACCACGACCACAACGACCACGACCACCACCGCCCGUCCCCCGCGCCCCGGCCGCCGCCGCCCGCACCCCCGCUACGACUAUUACGAGGAUGAUUACUAUUAUCCUAGAGAUGAUUAUGACUACGAAGAGAGGGGAGGCAGAAGAAACAGACCACGGGCAAGACCUGGAAAAAGAAGACCAGUAGAUGAAUAUGACGAUAGAUACGAAACACGCCCGAGACCGCGCGAUGAACCUGAAGAUGACUAUGAAGAAAGAAGGCCUUAUGAUAGACCAAGACCCGGUAAACGACCUAAUACAGACUACAGAAGACCUUACGAUGACGAUGAAAGAAGACCACUUAAAGGUGGCAGAAGACCUGGUAGAAGAGAUGAAGAAGAUGAUAGAUAUAAAACUGAUUAUGAAGAAGAUAGACCAAAAGGUGGGAAAAGAGGUGAAUUCAGACCACGGGAUAAAAACAGAUCUCGAGAUGAAGAUAGAACAAGAGAUGAAAUAAGACCAAGAGAUGAAAUAAGACCCAGAGAUGAAAUUAGACCUAGGGAUGAAAUAAGACCAAGAGAUGAAAUAAGACCAAGAGAUGAAAUAAGGCCAAGAGAUGAAAUAAGGCCAAGAGAUGAAAUAAGACCAAGAGAUGAAAUACGACCACGAGAUGAAAUCAAAUCAAGAGAUGAAAUUAGACCAAAAGAUGAAAUUAAAUCCAGAGAUGAGAUAACUGCGCAAGACGAGAAGAGACCGUGGGAUGACAUAAGAUCAAGAGAUGAAAUAAGGCCACGUGAUGAAAGACGGCCAUUUAGAGAUGAUACAACUGCACCAGAUAACGUAAGACCAAGAGAUCGAUAUCAAUCAAAUGAGGGCAGACGGUUAUACGAUCGGCCAUCUCGUGGUAGAGAUGAGAGGCCUUACUUAAAACCUGAGCGAAAUUAUGAAGGCGAAGAUAGAAAUCUGGAAGAGAAGCGUGAAAUACCCACAGCUCCUGAAGGGCAAUCAUUAGUUAAACCAAAUGGCCAUGGGAUUUUUAGCAAACCGAGACCGCCUCCAAAAAUAAAGAGGCCAGUACCAAUUAAUGAGAAAGAAAAGUAUGAUUAUGUUCCUAUAGCAACAACAAAACCUCCGCCUAAACCUGAUGAUGAAUAUUAUGAUGAUUAUGAAGAAGAUGAUAUGAGAAAACCCUUGCCUUCUGCAAAGACAAGCACAGUUCAGCAAAGGCCAAAGCCUGAGCCAGUUGAGAAGGAAAAAUUUAAGCCCACACGACCACAUUACACUAGCCCUUCUGAAAAGUUAAAGAAACUAAAAAAGCCAGUAGAAUAUGAUGAAGAAGAAUAUUAUUACGAACCGCCUGCAAAAUCGCAAAAAUACACUCAAAAAGUAAAAGAAGAACGACCAUCGAAAACCAAAGAUGACGACUAUUAUUACGAUGACAAAGAGAAAAUUGCUGAAACUCCUAAAAAGAGAGACCCCAUUCUAGAAGAAGAUGUGACUCUCAAAGUAAAAGAAGUAAGGCCUGGUGUUAAAGUUAUUAGACGGCCUUUUUUACCGUCUAGGGGUGGGAGUCCUUAUCUCCCGCGAGGACUGCAACCGGUAGCUGGAAAGAAUCUCCGAUUACCCCCUAAUACCACCCCUAAACCUACUACUACUUCUACUACUACAACUACGACUACUACAACAACAACUACUACUACUACUACUCCAAAACCUACUACAACUACCAGAACUACCACAACACCUAAACCAACCACAACACCGAAGCCUACUACUACAACAACAGAAAGAACUACUACAACCACAACAGAAAAACCUACAACGACUGAACGUCUAACAACAACCGAACGUUUAACAACAACAGAACGUACAACAACUACAAUUGCAACAGAAAAACCCACCACAACAGCUGUCCCUGAAGAGGAAUACGAGUAUUACGAUGAAGAGGACAUUGAAUAUGAAACGAAAGAUAAAAACGAACCAGUAUCCACACCGGUAGAAAUUAAAGAGCCGCCUACAACAACAGUACUAACAACAACACUCGCUCGCGAAACAACAACUUACGACAGAGACCAAUUUUUAGAAGCCAUAAAAGAUACGCCAAGACAACCAGUUACUACCAAUGAAACUCCUAAAAUAACAACAUCAAACGAAAGAUUAAGACCUGAAACAGAGAGACCUAAAACGAAUCUAGACAACGAAAGACCUAGAAACCCUGUUAGAAUUGAAGAGAAACCCCGAUAUUCAGAAAUAGACGAUAGACCACGAAAGCCUUUAACAACAGACGACAGAGCUAAGAAUCUUGCUACAAAAGUGUUGAGAAAUUUCAAUGACAAUUACGAAGCUAUAAGAGAACAACUUGAAUCAACUUUAACCCCAGGAGACUAUUUGAAACCUUACUUAAAUCAAGUACCUACACCAUACAGAGAAGUUAAAAGACCUGAAAUAAGACCAGAAAUAUCUAAAGGCUACACCGCUACAGGUAAACCGUUAAAAAUCCCAGAUAUUAAACAAAAUCUUGCUGAUUCGAUUGAAAAUGAAUACGAUGUGAGAUUAAAUGAAGCUUUGGCUCCCACUUUACCUGUGAGAAUUCCUAGCGGAUUUGUGAUUCCAUCAGAUAGAGAUUACACAUUUUCUAGGUUUAGGAACAACUUCCACGCUGAACCUCAGUUUGCAGCGUCGGAGCUAAGCCAUUAUCAAGUAAGGAAACGUCCCCAAAUAUCCGGGGUUAGUAUUAGAACGCCAACUUCCUAUUACUUACAGCCUCAGAGGGUGGUUUAUGAGGAAAGCUUGACACGACCUUCGAGGCAACUGUUGAGACAACUAGGGAAUAUAUUUUAAGUUUAUGAUAUAUUAGUACGUCAACAAUUUAUCAGCAACAUAAAUUAAAGCUAAAAUAAUUGCUACUACUACACUAUAGACAAUUGCGCUACUAUUUAGCUACAAUACAAAAUAAUUUCUGCAAAAUUAUGAAACAGUUAAAUUAAAUACAGGUGACUUCGAACCCAUCUUUAGGUCUAUUGCGUGAACAGACGCUACUUGUAUUAUAAUUUAUAAAAUAUUAAGGCGCCUUUAUGAAUUUUCACUGCAUUUCUUCAUGCCAUGAGUUUUGAUAUAUUGUACCUACUCGAGCUAUUUUAUUUAAACUAUUUGACGUGAUACUGUUAAUUCAAAAAAAUCUUUUUCCCUUACUCUUUUUUUUAAUUCCCAUUUUUAACCCUACUUCAUUUUGUUGUUACUUUGUUGACAUACUAAGCAUCGAUUCAAAUUACCGUGCGUUUUAUGACAGCAUUUUCUGAAUAUCAAUAUAAGCACUAUAAUUUGAAUCGUAUCUGCCCCCUAACACCGUCUAGCUUUGUAAAUCUGUUAAAAAACUAAAACUAUUGGUGCGUACCAGAAAAUAUCAAAAACAUCAUGUUUAGUGUUUAAUAACGUUGUGUACGAUAGCUUACGUUAAAUAAGCUAAGACUUGUGAUAGAUAUAAACUUAUUUUCUUAGAAUUGGCUGAAAUCAGUGUUCUUGCUGUAUUGUAGCCAUAGAUUGAAUAGUCACAGCCAAUUAGAAGCAUUGUAUUUAUUGCAUAGCUAAAAAAAUCUGGUGUUAGGUGGGCAUUGAAGAAAUAAUUACUUCGGGUAACCUUUGAGAGAUGAAUAGACAAAACCUUGAUUGGUCUAUAAAAGACCAGAUUGGUUUUACUUACCAUGAUUUAUCCCGAAUUAUUUUCUAGGUUAAGAAUACAAGGACAAAGGGAAAGUUAUAGGAAAAUUGUGCGAGACAUUUUACUUUAAAAAAAAAUAGAUGUACUUAUUUAUCAAUUAAAUAUAGUAUGCCCUUCCAAGCUAGCGUUUUAACAUCAGAUUAAGAAAUCCUUUGUCCUAUUAUAAUUCACACCCACAAAUAAAUCAAAGAAAAUAAUACUCAAAUGAAAUUAUUACAUGCUGUAUACAAUUGAAAGAACGAAAUGUAUGUAAUGUGGACGUGAUUAUUUAAUAAAUUAUUUGUUUUCGAUACUAGUUUAGUAAAUUAAACAGUGCUCUCAUUCUAUAAACAAUGUAAAAAUUACUAUAAAAUUUGUAUUUACUGCUUUAUAUUCAUACACAUUUCAGAAUAAGCGUCACAGUAUAAUAAAAAAUGUAUAUACAAGUUAAAUUAAAAGAUUUUUGUUUUUAUUUAUAGUAAAUAUGUAGAUUUUUGUGUUAUAUUGAUCGCAUAGACAUCGGUAGGCAGGUCCGCUCGCGUCGAGUGUUUGCGUAAGACUGACCUAUUUUUUCGGAUUGCGCGCGCUCAGUUAAGUAGAAGGUAGUACCUAUACAAAAUAAUCGACGAUAAUUUCAAAUUAUAAAUAUUAUAUGAUAAAUUUAUACUUCAUAUAUAAAGAUAUUUCGGUUAGGUAUCCCAUGUUUAGUUACAUAUACAGGAAGAAAAUUUUUUUAGUGCGGAUAUUUUUAUAUUUUGUACAUAAACAAAAUUUAAUGAUCACGUAUUUUUUCUUUUUUUUUUUAACUCAAAAAUAACAAAAUUAUCGUUAGCUAAAGUUAUUUACUUUUGAACAGAAUUUUAGGGUCACCCUAUUGUGCGUUUAUUUUAUUUUCGUUUGAUACCUAAAGGACGUCACCAGAUCACUUUUAAGCUGAAUAUAUCUUGUUUAGUAAUAAUAUGUACAUUAUUUUGUUAUUUUAGAGACAGAAAAAAAAUACAUUAAAUGUAUCGAACUGUUUGUAGAUUUAUAUUCUAUUAAUGAUACAGAACCACGAAAAAAAAUAUCCGCACUAAAGACCGAAUCACCCUGUAUAACGUUGACUAAAAUUUUGUUAUUAUUAUAUAUUACCAUUUUAAACUAAAUUUGGGCAGAACUAUAAAUAAACUAAUUUUAGCGUUAUCUACAAUAUUGUUUAAAUAUUUCAUGCCUAUUUUAGUUAUAUAUAACUACACAAGAGAACAGGUCCACAAAAACUAAUUUUAAGAGAGCUUGGGUAUUUUUCAAAGGUUACCAGAUACGGGAAGCUUUUUAGUAUUAACUGUUUUUUACGGGGAAGGUAUAUAAAUAAAGAUUUGAAUUAGUUCUCUGUACACAAAUUAAAAAAAACAAAUCAAUUUAAUGAUGAUGAUGAUGAUGUAUAAAAUUGAGGGUAUUUGCAAAAAACACUUAAUACUGAUAAAAGUUUCGAGGGUGUACUGAUAUUAUUGGUAAUUAAAAAUGAACAACUUGUAAUUAUUAUUAUUAUUGUAGUAUUUUAUAAGACUUUUGUAAAAAAACCUAAUAAAAUUAUACAAAUUAA